UGUGUUCCGCUUGCAGCCACGGACGAGCCCCCUUCACUACCCUGUCAGUGUAGGGAAGGAAAGAGAGAGCGUGCACGCGAGAGAGAAAGAGAGAGAGCAACUGUGUGUGACAGAGGAAGAGAACAAGGCAGGCUGCUUAGAGGAGUGAGAAAGCCAAGGAAGAAAUAAGGAGCACAUUUUACAAGAGCAGGAAGCGGGAGGAUCGCAGACGAGGGACUCUUUCUCUCUUGGCCACCUGGGACACAGUCACAGUGUUUUUAUCCACUUAACCAGUGGACUGACGAACCAACCCUUGGAUCUAUCAAAUAUGUGCCACAACCUUUAAGAAACUGGAAUAAAUUGUCAGUGAAAUGCGCACUCUUCCUGGCAGGACCUGAGAUUGCUUUCUUCUUGCUUAACUGUUUCUGCUACAAGGUGCAUUUCGCGGCAGCCGGCACUGAGGAUAUUACCCCUCUGUCACCGUCAGGAAGGGACGAGUGCAUGUGAGAGCGAGACAGAAUUAGAGUGGGUUUCCAAGAGACAGAUUAAAGCUCCCGCACUAGACAAGAGAAAGAAGGCUGAAAAGGAAAGUGAGGCUUUCCAUCCUUUCCUGUUUUCCUUUGCCGUCCCUUUCCUCCUCCUGUCCCUGGACUGCGCGAGCUGUUGCCACCUGCACCUCUUCUCAUCCUCUACCUCACCAAGUUGCAAUCCACUUUCAGCGGCUGAAUCUUCUUUGGAUCGGGCUUUUGUGGAAAUAUUGCCAUUCAUACAGUGGUGCCAGAGAGCCGUCAAUUAGGAGCUCACUUCCCAUCACUGGCUCGCUCCAGCUGUUGUCCGAUUCGCAGAUCUUGCCCUCCCCCCUGGAGGACCGGCAAACGACACCGUGGUGCGGCCAGCAAAGGAAGAGAGUCAGAAGAGAGAAGAGUGUCGCUCUGCUUCUAUCCCGUUUCUAGCUGCUUGGCUCCCACCCUCGUGUCACCAUUCCCUGCCUCAGUGCUAAGGAUUCCAGCUACAUGGGCAAGCGAUUGGAGCAGCAGCCAAUGUACCCUCAGUACACCUACUACUACCCCCACUAUCUCCAGACCAAGCAGCCCUAUGCUCCCCCACCUCACCCCAUGGCGCCGCCCAGCCCUAGCACCAACAGCUGCAGCCAGGGAGGCGCUGAGCAACUGAGUAAGACCAACCUGUAUAUACGGGGUCUACCUCCGGGGACGACGGACCAGGACCUCAUCAAGCUCUGCCAACCGUACGGGAAAAUAGUGUCAACCAAGGCCAUUCUCGACAAGAACACAAACCAGUGCAAAGGCUAUGGCUUUGUGGAUUUUGACAGCCCAGCUGCAGCACAGAAGGCUGUGUCGUCUCUCAAAGCCACUGGAGUCCAGGCCCAAAUGGCCAAGCAACAAGAGCAAGAUCCUACCAACCUCUACAUCUCCAACCUUCCCGUUUCCAUGGAUGAGCAGGAGCUGGAGAACAUGCUGAAGCCCCUCGGCCACGUCAUCUCCACAAGGAUACUGAGAGACGCCAAUGGGGUCAGCAGAGGAGUCGGCUUUGCCAGGAUGGAGUCCACAGAGAAAUGCGAAGUAGUGAUCCAGCAUUUUAACGGGAAAUACCUGAAAACUCCUCCUGGAAUCGCAGCUCCCACGGAGCCCUUGCUGUGUAAAUUUGCAGAUGGAGGACAAAAGAAGCGCCAGAGCCAGAGCAAGUACCCUCAGAAUGGCAGGCCGUGGCAUAGAGAUGGCGAGACCGGCAUGGCAUUAACAUACGACCCGACUGCGAUGCAGAAUGGGUUCUACUCCUCGCCUUACAGCAUCGCCACCAACCGCAUGAUCGCACAGACCUCCAUCACGCCCUUCAUCGCUGCUUCACCCGUCUCCACAUAUCAGGUCCAGAGUACAUCAUGGAUGCCUCAUCAACAAUAUGUUAUGCAACCAACUGGUGCAGUGAUCACUCCAGCGAUGGACCACACCAUGUCCAUGCAACCUGCCAGCAUGAUGGCUCCUCUCACGCAGCAGAUGAACCAUCUGUCCCUGGGCACAACAGGAAGUUACAUGACUGCUGCUGCUGCUGCAGCGCCUAUGCAAGGGACCUACAUCCCCCAGUACACUCCGGUGCCUCCAACAGCCGUCCCUGUCGAAGGAGUGGUGACCGACACCUCCUCGCAGACAGUGGCUCCCUCGUCACAGGAAGUGGCCGGUCAGCAGCAACAGAUUCAGGUGGACAGUGCUGCUGAUCAUGUUCCUGCUUACUCCUACCAGUCCAAAUAGCAGUGGCCUGAGCAAGUGUUCCUGUGACAGCGUUGCCUUGAGACAGAAGCUAGCUGCACUGUGAGUGUGAGGAAAACGAAAAAAGAUUGCUUCCAGAUUGCCCUGGCACUAAAAAAAAAAAGAAACUUUUUUUCAUUUUCUACCUGGCCUUUGGAGAAAACAAAUGAAGGACAUGAAGAGUGCUGAGGUGGAAAGAAAAGUUCUAGCCUGCGUUCCGGCCUGUCGGUCCAGGCACAAGCUCCAAGAAAAUUCUCAAAAACGAACGAAAAAAACGACAAAAAAAUAAAACUUUAAAAAAAUAAUAAUAGAAAAGGUGAAUGCUAAGGUAGGUGAUGAAGUUUAUUUUGUCAUUUAGAAACCGGGAGGCAAGUUUGAGAAACACAGAGAUUGUCUUCCUCAGAUAUUAAGCUACAGUUUCUUUUCACAAUUGUCUUUGAGUUUUCUAGAUAUAUUUGAAAGUGUUUUCUUUCCAGAAUCAUCAUGGCCUUAAUUUGAAGGGCGGCAGAAACUUUUGCAGUCUGACGGCUGCUUAGAAAUUCAUUCUCUCGGACGGUUCGGUGAGUGCAAGACACUGGACUUGUUGUUCUGGAGAGGAGAAAAAAAAGAAUCUAUCAUUUUCGCUGUACAGAUUUAAUAGAAAGAGCUUUGUUUUGUUUGUCAUUAGAAAAUAACUUUGAUAAUGACGCCAGAGGUUAAAAAAAAAAACUAUGUGAGAAAAAAAAAAACCUAAUGUCUGUUGGGGCGGGGCAGGGGGGAG